AUAAGAUGAUUUAAAAUGAGAAAGAAGAAAAUUACAUGCCUCUGCUACAAAUUGAUCAGAUUAUUUUUGACGUAUUUAUAAACUGUAAUAUAAUAAUAGACCAAUAUAACUCAAGUAAGCUUUUUAUUGUGAAAGACUGACUAGUUAAAGCUCAGAAAGUUGUCAAUCACACUGACGCAUGCAACCUUAAAAAUAAAUGCUCAAAGUCCACAAACAUGUAGACAAGAUGUCAAUCAACUUCUGGUGGAAUAGUGUAUCUGUUUUCUUUACCUGAGGAUGCCGCACUUUUUGGUAUAUUUUAUUCCUGCAAUGGCCCUUUUGUCCUAAGACUUGUCCUUAUUUUACAGGCUGACUUAAUUCGUCUCACCUUUCAAAUAUGCAAGUUAAGAAUAAAAAUGGAAAAAGAGGUUGAGGUUGUAGCUCAACUAGGAGUACUAAGAAUUAAGAGUAAUUGCAAAAGUUAAUAUUAAUGAAGAGGGAUUGGAGAAACAGUCAAGUCCAAACAGCACCAAGAUUCUUGAGUGUCAGCUGGUGCUUUUCACUGUAGGAGUUAUUUAUGUUGUUAUCUUGCUUGGAGGAAAUAUAAACGGGUAACUUUGCCUAAAAAUCGUCAUAUUUAAUGUAAUCGGGAACUAUCCAAUCAAAGUAUGAAACGAGAUUCAUUCAAUGCUCUCGAGACUUAAACUUUAUUACGUUUGUCAUUUUACAUACAGGAUUCAGCCCAUCUGGCAGUUAACCAGUACCCAAACCGUAGGGAGGUUUGACACCCAGCACAAAUUUCUGUAAAUUCAUGUUAUAGCGAUAUACAGUGAACACAAUAGAAAAUUAUUUUCUUUUGGAUUAUUAGUUGAACCAAACCUCAUAUGCAGUAGUUUCCUUGGCAUCUUCCUUUAUUGUAGGAUAUGUUGUGAAUUUUGCAUUUUGCAACCUUUCAGCAAUGUCAAAUGUAUAGAGUUCUUAUAUCGUCUCCUUUAUUACAGCCUGUGGCUCAGGUGUUAAGUCACUCACUGCAGUACAUUUUUUACUCUCAACCUUCAAGUUAUUCUAAUAAUAAUAAUAAUUCGGACUUCUAUAGCGCUUUUCUAAAUACCCAAAGACGCUUUACAGGGAACAAUUAUUAUUGCUGAAAUGAUUACACAACAGAAAAAGCAGAUUAUUAGUUUAAAUCAUAAAAUACCCCAAAAUCUUUGGUCCCAUCAUCUCAAAUUUGUGCUGCUUUUCUGACAUCAUUUCCAAAAUCAACCAAUUAGCCAAUGGUGAAAAUGUAGUUGAUUUAAUUUGAGAUAUUAACUCUUAAUUAGUUAAUUGAAAGAAUCAUUAAAUAACAAUACUUUGUUUCUGCCUUAUGUAGAAAUGGCAACUGAGUAAAAACUGCAUGAUAUUAUGAAACUGCUGUGAAAUGAGCCCAUCAGAGAUGCUUUAAUAUACAGUAGACAGUCUGGUCAUGUUGUUGCUGUAUUUCUUAUGCUUAGUUUAGUUGGUUAGUUAGUCUUUAGUGACAAACAGCAGGAAAACAGUAUCAAUAAAAUAUAUAAUCAUUACCAAUUAGUACUAUGACCAUUAGCAGAAGUAAACAGGCCAGAUAUGGAUUUGUAUUAGGGCUUACAUAUAAAUAAAAAGCUGGUGCUAAUACAUUAGUACAGUGGGAACAUUUUUGUUGUUGAGGAUUUGUAUGUUGUACUUCAAUGUAAAGUUAGGGCCCUACAACUUUCUGAAGAUUAUUCAAUUGUAUGUUAAAGUGACCUCAAUAUCAUCCAAAACAAACAAAACCAAUGUGUGUAAAAUGUUGAUAUUUCUAAUGUUAUACACAGUCAACAAAAGCCUGGGGUCAAAUGGACCCCAAAGAACACCGAUGCGUACAAGAUGUGUACAGGGCAUUGAAAACAUGUCAUGUGAAUUUUAUGUUUACCCAGUUGUCCCCAAUAAAUUAGAAAAAAUCAUAAAAUGAUAUAGCAAAAUAAAUGAUGUCAAUCAUUUAUUUGGAGGCGUUAAACAUUGAAUGGGGUCAAAUUGACCCCAAAGGUAAUAUGAGGGUUAAAAAUAAAAACACAUUUAAACAUGGGAAUGGAAGAUAAUGCCGUGAAAGUAGUGUGGACAAAAAAAAGAAAAGUAAUGCUCUUGUAUUAACGCUAUACAUGCGGUGCCCCAUUUGGGUCACCCUAGACAAGAAAAGGUGCGCUCACGCCCCUGGAAGAGCGAGCAUCCGCUGUACCGCAGUGUCGUCCUGCCGCCCCAUCCGACAAAGAGAGCUGCAGUACUGCAAAGUGGAGAGGGAGAGAGCGAAGGGGGGAGGGGGUACCGCACUGUCGUUACGAGUCCAAGUGAAGGCAGGAGGAGAGACGCAUUAUUGCAGUAGCCUCCAGUGCCACAGCACUUUACACGGGCGCAACUACCGCACUUCCCUCAAGACGCACGCCCGUCCGCGCAGAGCAAACAGCGAGAUAGAGGGAGGUGGGGGGCGGGCGACCGAAAUCCGAAAUCAGAGACAGGCAACUGAUUUCUCACGACUGGACUUUUUUUUCCUCCGUAUUUUUGAAAUUGCACGCAUUUGCCAUUAGCUUUGAGAAGAGGCAACUCCACAGCCAGCCAAUCAGCGCUGCGCGUCUCCGCAUCCAGGAGCAGCUCUGCGAGGAGUCCGCAUCUUCUGCAUAUAUGCAGCUCUGCAGGAUUAUUAUAAACGUCCGUGGACAUUUCGCUUGAAUGGAUUAUAAUUUUGAAGUACUUUUCUCCUGAGCUCGCUCUCCUUCACUUCCUGCUUCCCAGUCCCGUCACACGGUGAAUUAUCGCCCGGUCCGUUCACGUGCCUCGGUACAUUGCGGUACUUUGUUGACGACUUGCAGUGUGAAUGCACCGCUAGAGGAUCGACUCCACUGCGCAAAGCCCGGCCGUCUGUUUACUGUCAGCGCGGCACUUUACUGACUUUGCUGAUUCUACAUUUGGACUUUUUCGACCAGUGACUAGAACAUUUCGUGUUUUUUUUCCUCUGUGAUCUUGCUGUUUUUCUCUCCAUCCUCUCUUGUUGUACUUCAGACCCUCCCUCUCCACCUCAGCACCCUCACCCCUCCUCCUGCCCGUGAGUCAGUUCAAACAGCUGCAUAGAAGAUGUCUGCCCCGGAUGCUGCUGCACCAGGUGGAGCUCCAGCAGCUCCUGGUCCCGAUGGAGCCCCAGGCGGCGCACCUCCCGGCCCACCCAAUACUUCCAGCAACCGCAGGCUACAGCAGACACAGGCCCAAGUCGAGGAGGUGGUGGAUAUCAUGCGGGUGAACGUAGACAAGGUUUUGGAAAGGGACCAGAAGCUCUCAGAGCUGGAUGACAGAGCGGAUGCUCUCCAAGCCGGAGCCUCCCAGUUUGAAAGCUGCGCAGCUAAACUAAAGAACAAGUACUGGUGGAAGAACUGCAAGAUGAUGAUCAUGAUGGGUAUCAUCGGAGUCAUUGUGGUUGGAAUACUAUUCUUGUACUUCUUCUACUGAGCUCAGCCCAUCAUUACAGAUGGAUAUGGACUUAAGAAUAAUAUGAAAGGGAAGAGAAAAAAAGAUACCCAAGAGCCCCGCCUCCCCUUUUACCCAUCCUCUCCUCUUCACAUGGUCUUCCAUCAAACCAUCUUGCACUUAUACAUGACAGUAGUGUUUAUAGGUGUCUCCGCUCUCUUUGUCCCCCUCUCCCUCCCUUCUGAUUGCUUUCUUCCACUGUUUUGAUGUUAAGUCUCACUCACUCUCUCCUGCCUCUGCACCUCAUGUAUUAUUGAAGGACGCAGCAGGCGGAGUGAAACAGCAAGGAACGAGAGAGAAAAUGCUUGUGACAUGGGAACACACAAGGCUACGCCCUCCGAACGGAGCUAUGGGGGGUACAUGUUAAAUGUACAGAUGGUGAAUGAGUGCAGGGAGGCUGAACAAGAGUUUGCAGUCCUUUCUAUCCCAGAUACGCCGAAGCUUGUUCAUAUUUCCUUUUUUUGAGAGUCCUACAUUUGUAAGUUGAUACUGACAUGCCUAACUAACACACCCCUUCUUCCACAACUGCUACCAUUAUUGCUACUUACUAACACAAGGUCAUGUUAGAUUAAUAUUAGGAAUAUUUUUGAUGUGUGUGUGUGUAUGUGUAUUUGUGAUCCAAAGCAUUCUAGCCUACAGCUUUUUCAGAGUUUAGCUGUUUUUUAUUGGUACCUUUUUUGUUCCCCUUCCUGCCUAACUUUCUACAACAUUCAGUAACAACAAUGAGGGAAAUACAUUGUAAAAGGGAAAGGAGACUGUGUGAGAGUAGAAGGAAAGGAAGACGUGUUUGAGGGGAAAGUAGUAUACAUUUCUCCCCCUGUAUAAAUAAGACAAACCUCUGGACUGAUAAACAAGUAUUGAUUAAGUAGUUGUGUAGCUAUGCUUCAUUUCACCUUGGUUUUGGAACCACAGGCAGAGGCGUCGUAGUCCUGUUAUGUUUAGUGGCAUCGUGAUAUGCACAGCGGGAGAACAGACAAUCUACAGAACUGACCCGGAGGAAGGUCUCGUCCCUCUGAGCGGACAGUCACAGCCAUAGACAGAUGAAUGUGCAGCGUCACAUAAAAAAAAGAAAAACAGCUACAAAUGACAACUUGUUUUGGAAGUUGUGCAGAUAGUGUUUGUUCGAUUGUCCUUUAAGUGGACCUGAUCUUCUAAGAGCCGGAAAACAAGAAAAAGGACAUGAUUUAGAAACCAAGAGCCACCGUGGCCAUCCCGUCCCUCAACCCCAUCACUCACAUAAAGAAGACUCAGCUGCAGGAAAUGCAACAUGAGUUUGUUCCUAACUUGCAUGGCAAACCGUGUCCAUAGUUUUGCCUAUUUGUGUGAUCUGUGUAUCUGCCAUUUCUGAAUCUAACUGCCUAUUGUACAUUUUUGUUUUGUUAGUGGUUUCAAUGACCUGUGUAUCUGAUAAUUACUGCUUAUGCAAUGCAACGAUGCUAAGGGGUUGCCACAUUUGUAUUUAUUAAUAUUCAGAGACUGCAAACAACUCCUACUAUAGUUAACUGGUAAAACAUGUAGUAUUGUAUGGAUAGAACAAUAGUGCACAUAUGUCAGAUUAUGCUCCUGAAGUGUGUUGAUAAAUUCUUUCAGGUUUUUUUUUUGGGGUGGGGGGAGGGGGGUUGUUGGAUCUAAAAGAAAAUCUUAGUUUUCCUUUCCUCGGACUGAUUUUGAGAGUUGAUAAAAUAAAGAUGUAUAAUUGUAGCAGUUAGCUAUAAUUAUCUGAUGAUAUUGUGUCACAAUAUUAUUAGGUAAUUACCACAUGAGAUAUGAGAACAUGUUUUGUGAUUUACAACAUGAAAAUGCAGUGAGAUGAUGCAACUGGAUUUGAACAAAUAAAUGCAUGCUUAACACUUUUGCUGAUGCCAAUAAAUAAAUCAUCAACAGAA